AAAAAGGAACUGAAUUACAGUACAGAGUCAUCAGAGAACUGAGAAGAAAUGGAUCAAGUAAAACAUUUUCUCUCCACAGCCACAACACCCGAUCAACUAAAACUCCAUGUCUCUACCGCAACAACAUUCAUCUCAUCACUUCCUCCCACAACAAUUGCAGCUAUUGUAACAUCCAUACUAGCACUUUUCCUACUCAAAAUCAUAUUUCGUAGCAGAAAUUGGAGAAAUUCACCACCAGGACCAAUCGGAUGGCCGAUAUUAGGCUACUUACCAUACCUUACCGAUCGUCUUCACGAAGAUCUAUUCAAAUUAUCGAAAAUCCACGGCCCAAUUUACAGUCUGAAAAUGGGUCAGAAAGCGGCCAUAGUCGUCUCAUCACCUGAGAUCACAAAAGAAAUUCUUAAACACCAGGAUACGACGUUCUCCAGCCGUACAAUCACUGAAGCUGUACGGUGCGUUACUUAUGAUGCGACGUCUUUGGUGUUUGUGCCAUAUGGCGCUAGAUGGCGUCUUCUUCGCAAAAUUCUCACCACUGAACUUUUCUCUACCCGUGCCCUCGAACUCUUCCAACCUGCUCGUAAACAACAGGUAAACAGAUUGUUGCUUUCACUGUAUUCAGCAUCAAAGACAAAAACCAAAGUGAACUUAGCAGAUUCAACAUUUGUGGUAUCAGCAAAUCUCAUUAGCAAUCUUGUUUGUUCAAAGAAUUUGUUUGAUCCUACAAAGAAAGAAGGAAGAGAAGUAAAACAAAUGGUUUGGGAAAUUCUAGAAGUUGUGGGUGCACCAAAUUUAGCUGAUUUAAUACCAUUCUUGAAACUACUUGAUCCACAGGGACUCAAAAAAAGGGUUUCCAAAGUUGUGCAAAGAUUUGAUGAUUUCUUUGAGAAACUAAUUGAUGAGAGAUUGGAUGAGAGGAAGAGAGGGUUGAAGAUGAAUGAAAAUGGGAGGCUAGAUAUGUUGGAUGUGUUCUUGGAUUAUAAGAGUGACAAAAAAGAUGAUGAAUUGAAAGAAUUCUCCAGGGUUGACAUCAAAGGAAUGCUCUCUGACAUGUUUGUUGCAGGAACAGACACUUCUUCCAGUACUGUGGAAUGGGGUAUGACUGAAAUCCUAAGAAAGCCAGAAGUUUACAAGAAAAUACUCGCAGAGCUAGACGAAGUUGUUGGUAAAGACCGGUUUGUGGAAGAAUCUGAUAUCUCUAAAUUGACUUAUUUCCAAGCUGCCGUGAAAGAAACCUUCAGACUACACCCAGGUGUUCCUCUCUUGAUCCCCCGCCGAACAAAUGAAGCAACUGAUGUAUGCGGUUAUAAUGUGCCAAAACAUGCAAUAGUUUUUGUGAAUGUAUGGGGAAUGGCUAGAGAUGAAAAAGUAUGGCCUGAACCAUAUGAGUUCAAACCAGAACGGUUCCUUGGUUCUGAGCUUGACGUGAAAGGUCAAGAUUUUGAGAUUCUGCCAUUUGGAACUGGUCGAAGAUCUUGCGUUGGUAUGCCAUUAGGUCACCGUAUGGUACAUUACUCUUUAGCAUCGUUGCUUCAUGCUUUUGAAUGGGAUUUUUCAGCUCAUAUCUUGCAAGACAUGACAGAGAAAGUUGGAAUUACUCUUCAAAAAGCUAAGGUCUUAUCUGGGGUACCAAAACCUCGCCUUUCUUUAUCUGUUUACCAGUAGAAGUAUUGUCUGUUAAGCUUUUUUCAUAAUGCACACCGCAGUAAGUGAACUGAGGGGAAUGGGAGGAAAUGCGGGAAGAUAUUCAUGUGGUUUUUGGAAUUUUAUAAUGUCAGACACUUUUCUGUGAAAAUUUAUAUCAAACUUAUGAAUUGUGGCAAAUUUUGGAUUU